GCUAGGGCAGUCGAAACUUUCGCGUGCGCGUUGGCGUGUGUGAGCAGCAAAGGCGAUUUAGUCAUCGAGCAUCGAAAGAAGCAUCCAAGACCGAACAGCGGGAAACCAGCGACCGUCGCAUUCCCAGGAUUUCUCCAUCAGUCAAAAAUCAUUAAUCGCCGCCCUGCUGUCCAUAUCGACCCGCGCACGCCUCUGAAGCCCUUUCCGGACUGUUUUCUCCGGCCUUCUCCUUUUCAUCAUUUCGCUUCCGAGGCAGCCAGCAUUCACAAUGGCUCCUUUGAUAUUACACAACGUCCCCGACGACGAGCUCUACGUAGGCGAGGACGGCAAAAAGAGGCCAUACGCCAUGGUUUUCCCACAACACGAAGGGCACGCCGCCGCAUUGCGCGGGAGGCGAGCAGUCGUCGCCGAGACCGGCUCGUUCGGCCGAUCCGCACGAAGAUCACGAUCAAAAACCGCCACGCCCGCUCGGAGGGAAGACCCCACGCUUGCGGCCGCCGAUGCAGUGUUUAAGGGCUGGUUCGCGAACCAAAACAAGGCGAAGGAGGGCGAGGACGGGCCGGCGGCGGCGGCGCAAAAACAACGAAAGGCGAGCGGCGAGCUGCCCAUGGCGACUGGAGACGACGCACCGGCCACCGCCUCGACGGCGCGCUUCGAGCAGCAGCGCGUGCCUGUCGAGGUCAUCCUGCGCGGCUACCGCUCGUCGAGGCAGCAGUACGCGGCCAUCGACCACUACGAGCAGCUGGCGGGCAUGAUCUGCGAGGACUACGCGCGCGACCCGCCGGCCGAAAACAGGCGCUACCGCUCGGAGCUGCGCGACGCUGCUAGGGGCUCGUCGUCGCUCGCGCCGGGUGGCGGCCGUAUCAGCGGCCGCCGGCGCGCCCUGACGCCCGAGGAGCGCGCGCGCGUCAACCGCGCCGACAGCGGCGAGCACUGGGUCAAGGUCACGUUCGAGUCGGCCGCCGCUGCCGACAGGGCCAUGUCGGUCUCCCCCCAGCGCGUCCUGGGCCACCUCGUCUACUGCGAGCCCUACCACAGCAUGCCGCCUGCCGCCGGCGACAUAGCAGUUCCGGACAUGAUCGGGAAUGCCGGCGAGCUGCUCGCGGGAGCCGCCGCGGCGUCGGGCUCGCGAUUCCAGUCCAGGGGCACUUCCAGGACAGAGCCUGGCGGCGGCGGCGGCGGCGGCACCUCGUCCUCGGCCCCCAAACCAUACUCUUCUCUAGGGCUACCUGGCGACUUCCCACCCUCAGUCACCUCGAUGCCGUCCUCGCGGACCAUGGACACGGGCACGCUCGACUCCUUCACCGAGAGCAUGACGGUAUCAUCAGCCACCGCCACGGGCCGCGAGGCGCCGGCGAGGCAACGCGUGUCGUCCGCAUCCCCGCGCGCCGGCGACGACGGCCUCUACUGCAGGACGAUCCCCACGGUUCCCAGGGCCAAGCUACGGCCGGCGGAGCAGGCUCUGCUGCCGCAGCAGUCGCUUGCGCAGCGGGUCAUCAACAUUGUGCCCUUCAUCAAGUGGUUCAGCGGCUCCAUGAUUGGCAACGAGGUGCCCCGGACCGACCUCGGCGAUUUCGACUGGGACAAGGCGAGCCUCUACUGGAAGGUCAUUUGGUGGCUGGACUCUACCUUUAGGCUGUUUGGAGGCGAGAUUGUAAGCGCAGACAAGGACGACUAGGUAGGGAUCGGAUGGCUGGGAUGGGGAAAAAUGAUCCAGCAAUCACAAGGUCUUAAUAAUUACUCUGCGCUGGCAACCUACGGACACUCGGUCGGGACCGAUAUGGAGUUUGGCUUGUAUCAACUCUUUCUUGUUUUCUGGGACGGUAACUCGUGUCUAUUUGUCGCAUAUUCAAACUCUUUCUCCUCGUAGCCUUGUCCUUGCUAGUUGGCAUUUGCACCCACGAUGCAUGUCGUCAAUCUUUCGGCUGAGACACCACAGCCC